AUGGGAUUCUCCGAAAUGGCCACGAAUCGAUACGUUGAGUCGUCCUUCUGGAACUUUGACGCCCUUUUCCAGCCGCAACAGCAUCCCGCCCGCGACGCCCACGACACUUUCUUCGUUUCCGGUUCGUCGAGAGGGAUAUUGUGAGAAAAGCGGUGUUUCGUUUUCUCCGAUUGAAUCGCAAACUCGCCCCGGUCCCGCUAAAAUGACAUGUUUCCCCAUUCAGACCCGGCGGUGAGCACGAAAUUCCCGGAGGACUAUCUGGAACGCGUGAAGACGGUGCACUCGAAGGGCGGCUACGGAUCGGCCGGCUACAACUACGACUGGAAACUCGAGGAGGCGCAGAAGAACGUGCUGCGGACGCACACGACCGCCGUCUCCGCCCGCCAGCUCUAUCAGUUGGCGCAGGAGGUAACGAAUUUUACAGAAAAAUAUAAACGAAAUUGUAGUAUUUCCAAUCGAAAGACACCUGGAAAUUUCCAGCCCUUUCCCGUUGCGUUCAUUUCCUCCCGCGCGCGCCCUCAAGUCUAGGCCCUCUGUCCCCGCUGUCUGGUGUUGCACGUGUAGCGCAGUCGGUUGUGUGGCCGCGGCCGUCUUCGCUGUCGUCUCUCUUCUCAUCUCUCGCCCGGUCUUUGCCCCGGAUCAACCUACGUGGCUGUGACGGUUUCCGACUCGGGAAAAUGGAAUUGCGUCGUGCCGAUGGAAGCGGUUCCGUGGAUUCGGAGCCAACUCUCUCGGUGUGACGCACAUUUUUGAAGUUGUUUUGGGGUAACGACUGAUCGCACCACUUUUUUUUUCUGAUUUUUGGACAUUGAGCUCUUCUUCGCAAAAUGAGCAAAAAUGUAUUUUCUUUAGGGAUUCCGGCCGUCGAACGAGACGCUCGACGCGACGCAUUUGGCCGAAUUCCACCAGGUGGAGGGCGUGAUCGCCGAAAAGAACCUCAGUCUGGCCCAUCUGAUCGGCGUCUUCACGGAGUUCUUCAAGAAAUUGGGCAUCACGAACCUCCGCUUCAAGCCCACCUACAAUCCGUACACCGAACCGAGCAUGGAGAUCUUCGCCUACCAUCAGGGACUCGCAAAAUGGGUCGAGGUUUGUAAAAAUAUGAAUGAAUUCGUUUUGUUUUACCCACUUGCAAUAAUCCGAUCGGACCCAAACCUUGCAGGCUUCUUGGACUUGGAUUGA